GCGGUCUUGUCGUUCGUUUAUUAACGUGUUGAUAAUGUCUAUCUACGAUAGUUUGAAUCCCGAUAUUCGGAAUGUGGAACUUUAUAAGAAAAAUGCAUUCAUCUUACGCGGUUAUUGCCUUCCAUUUGUUGUAUUAUAUGCCAUAUGGAUCGGAUAUUGGAUAAAUGUGCUGAAUUUUGAAGACUCCUUUAAACUGGGAAUAAUUGUAUUGGCUCUUUUAGGGCUUAUUCAUAUUCUUGUUUGCUUAUUUUGUCACUGGUCUAUUAGUUUUAAAUGUCUUAUGACAUGCACAAGGCAGACCAGGGUGUCGCUUGCAGAUUGCGCUAAAGUGGUGCCAACUCCAAACAACGGCUAUACAUCACUCGUGUCAUUAAUGCACGAAAAGAGUGUCUUAUCCGGGGAAAUUAUUCAUUUUUUCUAUUUUCAACGCCUCAAGUAUUUUUUUCUAUCCGAUUCAAAAGAAAAUUUGACCCCCAUACAAUUCCCGACAAAUUGGAAAAUUUUGGAGUAUCUAGAGUGGAAAGGACAUAAUGAUGCAGAGAUAGAGGCAGCUCUUGAAAAAUAUGAUACAAAUCACUUGCAUCUAACGGUUCCAACGUUUGCCGAAUUGUUUAAAGAACGAGCAACAGCUCCAUUUUUUGUAUUUCAAGUAUUUUGCGCUUUUCUCUGGUGCCUUGAUCAAUAUUGGCUAUACCCUAUGUUAACUUUGACUAUGCUUGGACUUUUUGAGGCUAGUCUUGUGCAGCAGCAGCUCAAAAAUUUGAGUGAGGUUAGAUCUAUGGGUUCAAAGCCAUACGGAAUAAUGGAGGGUUAA